UGUCGGGGAGGGAAACUGCCCGGGGAGGAGGGGCCGCCUCGGAGCCGGUUGGAUUCCACGUGGUGCGCUCUCGAGGACGAGGGGAGACUCGGAAAAAAAAAAGAGGGAGAGAGCGUGAGGGGCGACGCUUUGCGACGCUCUUCUUUUGCAGCAGCGCGGUCAGGCGCGAUUGCCGUAUAUCGAGAAACGAGAUACCGGUUGGCGUAGAGCAGUUUUGCCUGUGUGGCUCUUGAGCCGGCAGCGAGGAGGAGGAGGAGGAGGAGGAGAGGAAGGCGAGGAGGAGGAGGCGGCGCGGAAGAAUAGAGGGCUCCGCCUUGCCUCACCCGCUCUCGCAGCCGCUUUCCCCUUCUUCUCCCCACUGUACCUGGAUGGUCCGCGUCGCGGCGGCGGCGGCGGCGGGGCCUCCUCCUCCUCCUCCUCCCUGGUGCCUGCGGCGGCGGCGGUGGCGGGCGGGGGCUUCGCAGGGUGGUGGGUUGCCGUCUGAAGAGGCGGCCAGCCCGGGCGCUGAAUGAAGAUGGACUAUGACUUCAAGGUGAAGCUGACCGGGGAGCGAGAACGCGUGGAGGACCUCUUCGAGUACGAGGGCUGCAAGGUGGGGAGGGGGACCUACGGGCACGUCUACAAGGCCAAGCGGAAGGACGGGAAAGAUGAUAAAGAUUAUGCUCUGAAGCAAAUUGAAGGUACUGGGAUUUCUAUGUCUGCAUGCAGAGAAAUAGCUCUGUUGCGGGAACUCAAACAUCCAAAUGUAAUUUCUCUGCAAAAGGUUUUUCUGUCUCAUGCUGACAGAAAAGUAUGGCUCCUUUUUGACUAUGCGGAACAUGACCUUUGGCACAUAAUAAAAUUUCAUAGAGCUUCUAAGGCAAACAAGAAGCCAGUUCAGUUACCUCGGGGAAUGGUGAAAUCUCUAUUAUAUCAGAUCUUAGAUGGCAUUCAUUAUCUACAUGCUAACUGGGUGUUACACAGGGAUUUGAAGCCUGCUAAUAUUUUAGUUAUGGGUGAAGGUCCUGAGCGAGGAAGAGUAAAAAUUGCUGACAUGGGCUUUGCCCGACUAUUUAAUUCACCUUUGAAGCCUUUAGCUGAUUUGGAUCCAGUAGUUGUUACAUUCUGGUAUCGAGCUCCAGAAUUACUGCUUGGAGCAAGACAUUAUACCAAAGCUAUUGAUAUUUGGGCUAUAGGGUGUAUAUUUGCAGAACUGCUAACAUCAGAACCAAUAUUCCACUGCCGACAAGAGGAUAUAAAAACUAGUAAUCCGUAUCAUCAUGAUCAGCUGGACAGAAUAUUCAAUGUAAUGGGAUUUCCUGCAGAUAAAGAUUGGGAAGAUAUUAAAAAGAUGCCUGAACAUUCAACUUUAAUGAAAGAUUUCAGAAGAAAUACAUAUACCAACUGCAGCCUUAUCAAAUAUAUGGAAAAACAUAAAGUUAAGCCGGAUAGUAAAGCAUUCCAUUUGCUACAGAAAUUGCUUACUAUGGACCCAAUAAAGAGAAUUACCUCAGAACAGGCUAUGCAGGAUCCUUAUUUCUUAGAAGAUCCACUUCCGACAUCUGAUGUGUUUGCAGGCUGUCAGAUCCCAUAUCCAAAACGAGAAUUUUUAACUGAAGAGGAGCCUGAUGACAAAGGAGACAAAAACCAGCAGCAGCAGCAGGGCAAUAACCACACAAAUGGAACUGGCCAUCCAGGGAAUCAAGACAACAGUCAUACACAAGGGCCUCCUUUGAAAAAAGUGAGAGUAGUUCCUCCUACCACUACCUCAGGUGGACUUAUUAUGACCUCAGAUUAUCAGCGUUCCAAUCCCCAUGCUGCCUAUCCUAACCCUGGACCAAGCACAUCACAGCCCCAAAGUAGCAUGGGAUAUUCAACUACCUCCCAGCAGCCUCCACAGUACUCGCAUCAGACACACCGGUACUGAGCUGCAUCUGAAUAUAAAGUCAAUGCACUGUUGCUAAGACUGCAGGACUGGCCGUGCUGCUGUCUGCCUGGAACUUGGCUUUGGGCUGCAAGAAUGUACUGGAACUGUCAAAAUGUCUGAUAGCCACGUUCUGCUACUUUUCACAGGCUGGGCGUAGUCCCUCCCACAGAUUGUACCUGUUGAUGGAAUGAGACUUGAAAAGAAAGUACUAGCACAGUUUGUGUUGUGGAUAUGCUACUUCCAUAGUUUACUUGACAUGAUUCAGACUGACCAAUGCAUUGUUUUCAGUGACAGUCUGUAGCAGUUGAAGCUGUGAAAUGUGCUAGGGGCAAGCAUUUUUGUUGUUGUGAAUUCUAUUGAUGUUGACAACAUUAUCUGACCAAUAAUACACACACACACAAAAAUCUCUUAACCUGGUAUUUGAAGUAUACAGUAUGUGUUGAUGAGAUGAAAACAAACUAUCUAUGGCUUCAAUUGAGAGAAUUUUUGAUAUGCAUUGAUUUUUAGUGACUUUUUUGUGGGUUGAUCCAUUUUCCACAUUGAGCAAUGUUUUAUGACCAACAAAUUUGCUGCAGAGAUUUUUUUAAAGACAUAAUAAAAAAGAAAUAUGAGCAUUUUUCCCAGCAGAUUUACAAGCUUCCCAAAGAUUAAUUUUCAACAUAAGUUUAUUUUGUUCUCAGAUCUAUGACUUGACUGGUAUUAAAGCUGCUAUUUGAUAGUAAUGAGUGUGUUAUUAAGAUAAAGCUGUUUGGUUCAGCAAACUAUACUGAUUGUCAUAGGCAAUGUUUUUUCCCCCUCUUGGUGUUAACUGAUUUGUGAGCAUGCUUUGGAAGUUAAAAAAGCAUGAGUGAUGUUCCCCUGCAAAAAAAAACCACAGUGCGGCAUUCAUCCAGAUAUGUUUGUCAUGACUUUUUGAGAGCUGGCUUGAUGUAGUGGAUUUUAAAUUUUCUUAAAUAUUUUUAAAGAUGUUCGCACGUUUGUUUAGGGCACUCUUACCCAUCCUGGAACUUGGUCCGGACGAAUUGGAUUUCAGUUCCACAUGUUUUCAGCCAGCAUGGCUAAAUCUGGGGGAGUUGGUCAUAUGGAGGCCCCCUGGAUGGGAAAGGUUGGUUUGGGGGGGGGUCGCCCUUAAUAAAGGAUUACGGUGUUAGGAGAACCUUAGAAUUUGAGGAAAAACUAUACCAUGUACUGUAUCAAGCUAUUUUACAUGAAUGAUGCAGGUAUUCUGAAUUUUAAAAGAAAUAAACAUUGUUAAAAACAAGGUGUUAUGUAAUAAAAAUAUUUUUCAUAAAUCU